AUGAUGUUUUUUGGAUACUUGUAUAUUGACACAAUUUUUCUUCUGGUUUUAUCAGGUUCGAACACUUUUCCCAUUGUGAAAAUUAUUACUCAGCCGAUUGAAUUAACUCCAUGUGAAUUAUGUAAUCUUGUGCUGCCGAUCGCAAAAACUCUUAUUGCGCGAAAUGAAUCGUUAUUAAUGGAAGAAUUAGGCAUAAUAAUAUGUCAACAACUCCAUCUUGCUGACGAUGCAGUAUGUGCCGGCAUGAUCAAUGAAUACAAUUAUGUACUUAUUGAAGUACUUCGCUUUAGUCCUUUAUCAACAUAUGAAAUAUGUGGUGUAGCAUUUGGCUGUCUACCACAAGCUGAUAUACCUGUUCUUCGAUGGAAUGUAACACUUCCUCCAUCGAGUCAAUCAGCACCAUCGUUAGCGGCUCUUUCAGCUGAUGAUCUACCAUCUCAAUCUAUUCUCUCAGUUCUUCAUCUAGCAGAUCUACAUAUUGACAUAGAAUAUAAACCUGGUUCAAAUGCUGAUUGUGGUCGGCCACUCUGCUGUCGCGAUGGACUGCCAAAACCAGGCGAAACAGGUGCAGGUUUUUGGGGUGAUUAUCGUACAUGUGAUCUACCACAAUGGACUGCCGAAAGCAUGUUAAAAUAUAUUGUUCAAAAUGAAGAACAAAUUGAUUUCAUCUAUUUCACUGGUGACAUCGCACCGCAUGACGUAUGGCAGCAAACGCAAGAUAAAGAUCUCAACGAAAUUUUCUUUACAACUCAAUUAUUGACAGAGACAUUUCCAAAUAAAAAAAUAUAUCCAUGUGUUGGUAAUCAUGAAUCAGCACCACCAGAUCUUUUUCCAACCACUAAUGCUACAUCAUGGCUUUAUUCCACCUUAGCUAAUCAAUGGAUUGAUCAAUUUGGACUUGAAGAACAAACAAGAGAUACUAUUCUUAAAGGCGGCUACUAUACGACAACGAUCGUAUCAAAGCUUCGUUUAAUUUCAUUAAAUAUGAAUUAUUGUACGGAAAAUAAUUAUUGGCUUUUUAUUAAUUCAACAGAUCCGUUAGGUCAAUUGCAGUGGAUGAUCGAGUGGCUUCAAUAUGCUGAAGAACAUCUAGAAAAAGUUCACAUUAUUGGACAUCAUCCACCACGAAUGUGUAUGGUAUCAUUUAGUUGGGCUUAUUAUAGUAUUGUGAAUCGCUAUCAAUCGACGAUCACUGGUCAAUUUUUUGCUCAUACUCAUUUCGAUGAAUUUAUGCUUUUCUAUAACGAAACAAAUGCUACACAACCAAUUUCUAUUGCUUACAUUACACCUUCAUUUACAACUUAUCCAAACGUCAAUCCAGGCUAUCGAGUAUAUGCUAUUGAUAUUGAAAAUUCGGUAUCAGUACUUGAUCAUCGAACAACGAUUCUUAAUUUGACAGCUACGAAUCUGUACAAUAAAACUGUAUGGACUGAAGAAUAUUCGGCAAAAUCAGCUUAUGAUAUGAUAGAUCUAUCUCCACAAGAAUGGAAUAAAUUCGUAUUACAAUUGGAGAAUGAUAUAGACGGUGAAACGAUGGGAUUGGUAUAUCAAUACUUCAUGAAAUCAGCUACUACAGGUGCAGCUUGUGAUCGAAUGUGUCGAAAGAAAUUAAUUAAUUGCAAUUUAAAAACUGCCAGAGCACAAGAUGCAACAUUUUGCUCUGAAAUUUCAUGA